AUGGCAAAACAUUAUCAUCCAUACCAUUUAGUAGAACCAUCACCAUUUCCAUAUAUGGCAUCAUUUAGUGCUUUAGGAUUAACAGUGGGUGCAGUAAUGUAUUUUCAUUCAUUUAAAUAUGGAGGUACAUUAUUAUCAAUAUCAGCUAUAUUAUUAACUUAUGUAGCAUAUUUAUGAUGAAGAGAUAUAGUUAGAGAAGCUACAUUUCAAGGUCAUCACACAAUUGUAGUACAAAAAGGAUUAAGAUUAGGAAUGUUAUUAUUCAUUGUAUCUGAAGUAAUGUUCUUUUUUGGAUUUUUUUGAGCUUUUUUCCAUUCAUCUUUAGGACCAGAAAUUAGUAUAGGAGCCGUAUGACCUCCUUUAGGAAUUCAACCUAUAGAAGCUAUGGGAGUACCUUUAUUAAAUACAGCUAUAUUAUUAACAUCUGGAGCAACAGUUACAUGAAGUCAUCAUUCAAUUAUAGCAGGAAAUAGAUACAAUACUAUUUUAGCUUUAAUAUUAACAGUUGUUUUAGCUUUUAUAUUUACUAUAUUACAAGGAAUGGAAUAUGAUGAAGCUACUUUUACAAUAGCAGAUUCAGUAUAUGGUAGUGUAUUUUAUAUGUUAACAGGUUUCCAUGGAUUUCACGUUUUAGUAGGUACUAUCUUUUUAACUGUUUGUUUAUUCAGAAUUAUUAGAUCUCAUUAUACUAAAAAUCAUCAUAAUGGAUUUGAAGCAGCUAUAUGAUACUGACAUUUUGUAGACUUUGUUUGAUUAGGUUUAUUUGUAAUUGUUUAUUGAUGAGGUAGUUAA